UGACGACUUGACCUGUGCUGAAGUGAAGUCUUCCUCUCAUUCGAGCCCCGUGUUCAUUCAAGUCCACACACAGACCCUGGUUCCAAAAGAUGCAAUAAUAUUCAUAUCAUAGCCUAAACUAAGCCUCGAUCACCAUUUUUCCAUGGCGAUUCUUAAAAUUCAACACUCUCUGUGCAUACUACUUGUUUUUCUCAUUCAGUUCUCAUCACUGCAGUUACCUUCACACGGGUACACCGUUCCAGAUAAUUACUUUAUCAAUUGUGGUUCAGACAGCACUAUUAGCGAAAAUGGCAAGAAUUACGUUCGUGAAUCAAUCCUUAAAACCAGUUUUGGCAGCAGCAACACGGAAAGAAGCGAGUCGCAGGUGCCUUCUCCUCUUUACCAAACUGCAAGGAUUUUUCGAAGUGAGUCUUCGUAUGAGUUCAGCAUCGACACAAAUGGAACCUACCUGGUACGCCUCCAUUUCUUCGCUUUCUCUUCGCCUAGUAAUCUUUCCUCGGCCAGGUUCAAUGUUUCGGUACCUGGUUUCUGGUUGUUGCAAAAUUCGGAUGUUAGAAAUUAUACCAAUAACAACUCUGCUUUAGUAAAAGAGUUUUACAUGCAAAUCAGUCCCCCCAGCUUCAGAAUCACUUUCAGACCUCUACCAUCAUCAUUUGCGUUUGUGAAUGCAAUAGAACUCUUCAUACUCCCCCUCCAUUUGAUUUCCAAUAUUGUCUCGCGUUUCACUUAUAGUGCCAAUAUCGGAUCUUUAAACUCCUACAGCGGUCUGUACUCUCGGGUGUUGGAGACCAAACAUAGGCUUAAUGUUGGUGGUCAAAGGGUCAACGAUAGCUUAUUGAGAAAUUGGAAUCCAGAUGAUAGUUAUAUCUCAAAUAAGGAAAACGCCAAGAAUCGUUCCCCUUACCCGGGUCAAAUUCUGUACCGUGUAGAUGAUGACCAUGAUGGUCCAAACGCAAAUAAAUUUACUGCGCCAAGUGAUGUGUACGGCACUGCUAGAGAGAUUAAUAACAGCUCUGCUAGUGCCAGAAACAUAACAUGGGCUCUUCCGGUGGACAACAACACUGAUCAUCUUCUUCGGCUUCACUUCUGUGACUAUUGGAAUCCACAAAGUGGUCUUACAUACUUCGAUCUGUCCAUUUACGACACCCAUGUUAUGUCCGUAAAUGAUUAUAAUGACACAGACGUGUCUAAGGAGUUGCCUGCCCCUUAUUAUUAUGAUUUUGUGGUGCGCUCUGAUAGUUCUGGGUUUAUGAAGGUCAGCAUAGAACCCGAUGCAUCCGCCUCCAUACCUAAUGCAUUUUUAAACGGGCUAGAAAUAAUGAAAGUGAUUGAGACAUCAAGUUCUGUUCCCCUUGACCUGGGAUCCGGUUCAAGUCAUAAUAGUCUUCCAGUGGUGCUGGGUUCAGUUGUUGGAGGUUUGGUCCUGGUUUUUGUAGUGGUGAUACUAGGCUUCCUUUGGCGUUUUAAAAUGAGGAAGGAAAAGCCCGUUGAGAAUUCAGACUGGUUGCCAAUUCCUAUUACAGCUGGAGGGAGUUCUCAUAGUAGAUUGACUGAUGGAACCAGCCAUGGCUCUCCUCUUCCCAACAUAAACCUUGGGCUGAAAAUUCCAUUGAUUGAUCUUCAAUUGGCAACCAAGAACUUCCACGCAAGUCAGCUAAUUGGCAAGGGUGGUUUUGGCAACGUCUACAAGGGAAUUCUCAGGAAUGGCAUGAUAGUGGCUGUGAAAAGAAGCCAGCCAGGGUCAGGUCAAGGCCUUCCAGAAUUUCAGACAGAGAUCAUGGUUUUGUCUAAGAUUCGUCACAGGCACCUUGUUUCCCUAAUAGGGUAUUGUGAUGAAAGGUUCGAGAUGAUACUGGUUUAUGAGUACAUGGAAAAAGGGACACUCAGGGAUCAUCUGUAUAAUACAAAGUUGCCAAGCUUGCCUUGGAAGCAGAGGCUUGAAAUUUGCAUUGGAGCUGCCAGGGGUCUUCAUUACCUUCACAAAGGAGCGGCUGGGGGAAUCAUUCACCGUGAUGUAAAGUCCACAAACAUAUUGCUUGAUGAGAACCUUGUUGCUAAAGUUGCUGAUUUUGGCCUUUCAAGGUCAGGUCCUCUUGAUACUCAAUCCUAUGUCAGCACUGGUGUUAAAGGCACUUUUGGGUAUCUUGAUCCUGAGUAUUUCAGGUCACAACAGCUGACAGAAAAAUCUGAUGUAUAUUCAUUUGGGGUGGUUCUUUUGGAAGUGUUGUGUGCAAGAGCAGUGAUUGACCCAUCACUUCCAAGAGACCAGAUAAACUUGGCUGAGUGGGGAAUGCUUUGCAAAAACAAGGAGAUACUCCAAGAAAUAAUUGAUCCUUCCAUCAAGGACCAAAUAGAUCAAAACUCACUCAGGAAAUUUAGUGACACGGUAGAGAAAUGCUUGCAAGAAGAUGGUUCUGAUAGGCCAAGCAUGGGUGAUGUGUUGUGGGACUUGGAGUAUGCGCUGCAGCUUCAGAGAGGUGCAAAUGCAAUACAAAGAGAGCCUUACGAGGAUAGUUCUAGUAGUGUUUCUGCAUCACUUCAAUUGCCCAAUGUUAGGCGCCUUCCUUCACUCUCCACACUAAGUGAAGCAGAUGACUCCAUUGUGAUGGGUGAUGAGUCCGAUAGUGCUGUGGAUUCUGUUUUCUCCCAGUUGAAAAUUGAUGAUGCCAGGUAGAGUAUCGAGCACUUCAAGGCACAGUCAUCUAUUCUGAAAUGCAUUGAGAAGCUGCUAGCUGCUUGUAUGAUACCGUGCUUAGCUUUUUCAUCCUUGUUUUUGUCUCUUUUUUUUCCUAGUUUUUGUUGUCUGUCUAUUCUGGUUGAAAAACAGUUAUGAAGGCAAUUGUAAAACCAUUGAUGAUUAAUCAUUUCCUAUUCUUGCAAUAGAUUUUUUAUAAUAGUUCCAUUACA